AUGGCUGACAAAUCAAAGGGACUGUUCGCUGCCGAGGAUUGGGUUUGUUCAAAAUGUGGUAAUGUGAACUGGGCUAGAAGGAAAACUUGCAAUGUCUGCAAUGCACCCAAGCUUGCCGAUCUCGAGAAAAGGACGGGAUAUGGGGGUGGAUUCAAUGACCGUCAGGAUAUCGAAUACAUUAAACGCGAUCAUGAUGAUGAAUUUGACGAGUUUGGGAGGAAGAAAAAGAAAAAGGAUGAUCGUAAUUCGGCUCCUCCCCCAAGUCACGACAUAUACGAGACGAAACUAGAGCCUACUAUUGAUGAUGAGGAAGAGGAAGAAGAGGGUGAAAUCAGCAAAUACAAAUUAGGGAGUGAUGAGGAGGAUGAGGAGUCGGAGGAGGAUGUUGAUGAGGCAGUUUUAGAGAAGUAUGAUUUGACUGCAGAUCCUGAAUUGGCAGAAAUCAAAAUCGAAAUCAAACGCCCACUACCUCACCCUGCGGACGCAGAAAGCGAGUGA